CAAACCUUCCCUGCCUGUCAGAUGCUUCAUUCUCACCUGUAGAUGCUCAGCGAGAAACCAUGAGCACUGAAAAACACCCUAUUGUUUUAUGAUGUCACCUCUGGAAUGUUCUGAGUGUUUUGGUGACCAACUUCUGCACAGGACCUAUACCUGGCAUCUCACAUUGCAUUCAAGGCCAAAUAUUACAAGAAAAGGAGAUACCAGAUCUGAAAGCUUAGAAAUUCCAAUCAAUGUGGUUCUACCUCAGAGGGGCACGGCCGAGCCCUACCUGAGGCUCCACAACCUGUACAGCACCCCUCGAUGCUCGCGCCAGGCCGCUGUGCCCGUGCUGAGCCGCCGGGUCGUCAGCCAGCACUCCUACCCGCUCAACCGCUUCUCCUCUGCGCCCUUCGACUCCAUGGAGCGCCCCACCUCCCAGGCCGACCUGGAGCUGGACUACAACCCUCCCCGCGUGCAGCUCAGCGAUGAGAUGUUUGUGUUCCAGGACGGGCGCUGGGUGAACGAGAACUACCGGGCACAGUCCCCGCACUUCCCCUCCUCCUCCUUGCACCACAAGCUGCACCACAAGAGGCUGGCGAAGGAGCACCUGCUGCAGGAGGAGAGCCGGUGCCUGCGUGAGGAGAACCGGGCCCUGCGCGAGGAGAACCGGGCGCUCCGCAGGGAGAACAAGCUCCUGCAGGUCUUCUGGGAGGAGCACAAGGCCGCGCUGGGCUGCGACGACAGCCAGCCCCCGUCGCCUCUGCUGCACCAGGACAGCGCGUCGCCCGAGGCGGCGCAGAAGGAGCCCGCGGCCGCGCAGCGCAGCAGGGAGAACAGCGCGCUUCAGCUGCUGCGGGAGGAGAACCGCACGCUGCAGCAGCUGCUGGCGCAGAGCCAGGCCUACUGGGCCCGGGUGGAGGACAAGACGGCUGCCGCGGAGGGCAGCGCGCCGGGCCCCUCUCCGCACGAGGAGCCCCAUAGCCCGGGACUGCUGCCCGACCAGAGCCCGGGCCUCUCCUCCCCCUUCGAGGAGCCCAAGGGUCCCGCGACCCCGCAGGAGGACGCCCAGACGCUGCGCGCCCUGCGGGAGCUGAUCGGCGGCUCUUCGGGGCCGUCCCGGGAGGAGGAGGGUAAGGCAGCCCCCGGGCCGUUGCAGCUGCUGAGAGAGAUGGGCCAGGCGCUGCAGACCCUGCGCGAGGAGAACCGGCUCCUGCAGGAGGAGAACAGAGCCCUGCACGUGCUGCGAGAGGAGCAUCGCGCCUUCCAAGAGGAGAACAAGGCCUUGUGGGAGAACAACAAGUUGAAGCUGCAGCAGCGGCUGGUCAUCGACACGGUGACCGAGGUCACCGCCCGCAUGGAGAUGCUCAUUGAGGAGCUGUACGCCUUCAUGCCGGCCAAGAACAAGGACCCCAAGAAGCCCAGCAGGGUCUGAGGCCUUCGUUGCAAAGAAGGACCCCGGAUUCAGGCACAGAACAUCCACCGGGCAAAAGAGAGUCCCCUGCCUUUGCUGUCUCCCUGGCCACGGCCCACCAGCUCGCACUCGCAGCCUCCUGAACUCACAGAAGCAAUAAAGGCUUGGAGGCUGGGGGCAGCCAACACUAGCUUGCCA